AUGAGGGAACAUCUCAGGUCAACAAUGCAGUUGCCGGUUAACAUGAGUAACAUUUCUGAGCUAUAUUCUCUUAUGACAGUCAGCAGCGGUUUAUUUGAUACCAAAAUGUUGUUUCAAAUAACUCUACCACUAAUCAAUGAUCAGUCCUUUGAUUUAUUCGUUGUUAUUCCCGUUCCAGGGAUCAUAAACGGAGAAUACGUGACAAUCACACCAUGCACGUCUAUGAUGGCAUUCAAUACUCAUAGGAAUGGGUACUUUCCGAUUUCAGAAAUACAGUUGGCACAAUGUGUGUCUUCAAAAAAUGAUGUCUUCAUCUGUUCAGAUACACAAGAAAUAUAUUCUCUUGAAUCAGGCAAGUGCACUUGCGAAGUAAAUCUAUUUAAUAAUAGUACAUCAUCUUGCACUUGGCAAAGUUUCACAAGUAAUACCUUAUGGAUCCAGGCUGUUGCACAAAAUCAAUGGAUGUUCGUCGCAAGAAACCCUGUAAAGCUAAACGCAGUAUGUGACAAUGAGCAUUCUCAGGUGAAAUUGCAAAAUACAGGUUUACUUGAGCUCCCACCAGGGUGCAUACUCUCACAUCAUACGGCAACAAUAACCAGCCAUUACACAAUGACUACUCGCUUAAAAUAUUCCCACACAAGCUUCCAUUCAAGCCCAAUAGUGACAGCGAUUCCUCGGCAAUCAUCUCUAAAGUUGAAAAACAUCAGCAUGGAGACAGCUAACGAUGAAAUAACUAGUUUAAAGUCAUCUUUAAAUAUGAUAAGGUCUCAGGAAGAACUGCCGAACAAUACACUAUCGCAGCACCAACACCAUUUCAUUCUGGAAUAUAUGGCACUUGGUCUCAGUGUGCUCAUACUCUGCAGUAUAAUCGGUCGAUAUUUAUUCCGAAGAAAUACACACCGUCACAGGAUUGGUACACCCCACCCACAACCACGAAGACGAGUUCAAGAGCAACAUGCAAUGUCCGAGGUCGAAGUAGCAGAAGAGGAUUGA